UAAAAAAUGUAAACGCAAGAUUCUGUUUCAAAAAUCUGUUGAGAAUAGCUGAAAUGUUCCCAAAUAAACGAUGCAUUUGACAUUUGUUCUCCAAUAAUUAUGAUGUUGGUGGAUUUUCCAAGUUAAGGAUACCAGAACAAGUCCAUUUUUCCAGACAUGGUUGAAGUUGGCCCAAACUGUGACUCCUUCAGAGCCCUUAAUAUCCUCAUGCUACCAAUACCGAUGAGGGAAGAACAGGGGGAGAGAGGGGUGUGUGUGAGUGUGUGUCUGUGUGUGUCUGGAUGCGGAACCCAGACCAGAAGCCAAAAGGGCAAAGUGCAAACUCGCUGAGAAAUCCUCGCUUAAUACACUGCGGCGUGAACACUCUCCAGCAAAGCUCUCUGCAGGAGGCGCCGGGUGAAAACGUGUCCCCCAUCCUGAGGACCUCCCAGAGUUAGAUCACUGAUCCACCGGCGAAACUGCACCCGGUGUUGGUCGUCAUGGCAAGCACACAGCCAAGCAAUGCUGACAACUUGAGGCACAGGAGCAUCUUAGCCCAGACGCCGGAUGAGAUGUCCAAUCCCGCUGGGAGCCGUGACGGCGCAAAGUUGGAGGAUGUGGAGCAUUGGCGCGAACAUGCGCAGAGGGCGAAGGUGAAGAUCCUGCAGCAGGUCCAGGAUCUGCUGAGUGACAUUCUCGACAAGGAGCUGACAGAGCCUGUCCACGCGUCGGUCAAUAGGAAGACGGCUAAAGUUGGUACAUCCAGAUCUCACAAGAUGGACGAUGGCAAAGUGUUUAUGGAUCGAGCGUCGCUGCUAGAUGAGUUGUUCAUGAUCAGCCACAUCAGGACCAUCUACCACAUGUUUGUAGCUGUGCUGCUCAUCUUCUGUGUGAGCACGCUGGCCGUGGACUACAUCGACCAGGGCAGGUUGGUCCUGGAGUUUGAUCUGCUCUUCUAUGCCUUCGGCAAGAUGGGAACGGUUGCCUGGGUGUGGGCGCUCAUGUUCGUCUACUCCCUGCUUGUUCCCUACUACGUGUUGCUCUUUUGGGCUGCUUUGUACCACCGCUGCGCCUCCAAGUUGGGCUUGUCUCUGGGCACAGCUCUGGUCCUGGCUGCCCUCCAGAUUUCUGUUCUGGGACUGUUUCCCGUCCACAUGGUCGUGCGGCACCAGCUGCCGCCGGCUUCCCGUUUUAUCGUUGUGCUCGAGCAGAUUCGAUUCCUGAUGAAAAGCUACUCGUUCAUGAGGGAAACGGCACCCGUCAUAAUGAAGAAGGCGCUAAAACCAGGGGAGAAAAUCCACUUCCCGACAUUUUCCAGUUACCUUUACUUCCUUUUCUGUCCCACUCUUAUCUACAGGGAAUCGUAUCCCAGGAACACACACAUAAGAUGGAAAUAUGUCGCUGUGACUGUGACCAUGAUCCUGGGCAGCCUCUUUUAUGGCUACUUCAUCCUGGUGCGUCUGUGUGUGCCCGUCUUCACGUCGGAGAGCGAACAGCCGUUUGGCAAGCGAGCCAUGGUCCUCGCCGUGUUCCACUCCAUACUACCAGGCAUCAUGCUGCUGCUGCUGUGCUUCUUCGCCUUCUUGCACUGCUGGCUCAACCUCUUCGGGGAGCUGCUCCGCUUUGCUGACAGAAUGUUCUACAAGGACUGGUGGAACUCGACAUCUUUUGCCAAUUACUACCGCACGUGGAACGUGGUGGUGCACGACUGGCUCUACUACUACGGCUACAGGGACUUCCUCUGGCUGUCGAAAAGGAAGUUCCGCACAGCCGCCAUGUUGUCUGUCUUCAUCGUGUCGGCCGUGGUGCACGAGUAUGCUUUGGCCAUGGGCUUUGGAUUUUUCUAUCCCGUCAUGUUUUGCCUCUUCGCCAUCUUCGGAGUUGUCUUUAACUUCACCAUGAAUGACAAGCGGCAGAACCCCGUGUUCAACAUCAUCAUGUGGGCGUGUCUCUUCCUGGGUCAGGGCGUCCAGGUGUGCCUCUACUGUCAGGAGUGGUACGCUCAAAUACGGUGUCCUCGCACUGGGAAUAGCUUUUGGGAGCUGGUGACGCCUCGCUCCUGGUCUUGCGGCUACCAAGGAUGAACAGUGGAAAGCAGCAAGCCAUGAGGGUCAAGAAGGACUGAAACAUCAGAGUUUACAAUUAUUCAAGUCACUCGAAGGCAGGACUGGGGAGCCUUCUUUCCAUCAAGGGCCAUUUUCUUCAAGUCAUUAAAAAAAUUAGGAGAAUUAAGACAUAAUUACAACAAUACAUUGAUGUUUGACGUGAGAAUACAGUGUUAUUUUUCAACUCAUGCAAGAUUAAAGUCACUUUGUGGGACUGAAGUUGGAUUUGUUGGGGGGAAACUAAUAGAUGCAGUGUAAUUUUAUGAGAGUUAAUUCAGAUUUUUUUUAAGUGGAUGUAAGCCAUAAUGUCAUGAGACAAAAAUUGUUAGAUGUCAUAUUUUUGAAAAAAAAAAAAAAUGUAACAAGUCACAAUUUUACAAGACGAAUGUAAAAAAUAUUUUCUCCAGGAAAAAGUGUGAAAUCUUACCAGAGUCGUUAUUUUGAAAACAUUAAAAAAACUGCCAUUUUUUUUGUCGGUCUUUUUAUUUAGCAAAAAAAAAAAAAAAAUGUCAUUCUAUUAUGAGAGGUCUUUUGGAAUUUUUCUGGAAGAAAAAUUUUUUUAAAACCCUUAGUUUCAUGUCAGUCAUAUUUUUUCCAGAGGAAAAAAAAAGUUGUCAUUUUACAUUGUGUAAGUGUUUUUCUUUAGGAGAGAAAAAGAGCCAGAUUCAAUUUGAAAUUUGAGGAAAAAUCUCCCAUUGAAACAUUUGGCCAUUCAGUCACCUGCUGAAGUCCUCCGAAAAAAUAUGACGCAACAAUGGAGCAAAUCUUUAGCGUUGUAAAAACAUAUCUUGUCCCCUGAUCUAUCUACAUGGUGCUGCAUGAACACUGCCUUUACUUUUGUGUCAAGUUUACUGAAGACAAAUGCACUGCAUAUACUUGAAGGUCUCACAUGUCACUGUGUACAAAAUAAAGUUCAUCGUUCAUUGUGAGAAUAAAACAUUUUCAUUGA